AUGGGCAGCGGCAGCAGCCGGAGCGGCCGGAUCCCGAGGCGGCGGCGCAGCCCUGACAGGCGCCAGACGGGCCCGGGAGAGACAGGCUCGGAGGGCGGCGCGGCUGACCAGGCCCCGACGGCCGCAGCGCAGGAGGAGAGCAGCCGUGACCCCCGCCCCGCGACGCCCCCCGGCGGCCGGGAGGAGACCCUGCGCCUGCUGGACGAGUUGCUGGCCGAGUCGGAGGCCUGGGGGGCCCAGGAGCGGACCCCACGAGGCCCCGCCCAGCUCCCACCCGCGGUGUCCCCAGAGGAGGUUAAGGACAACCCUGAAGACAGCUGUGCCUCUGAAGCCCCAGGCAGCAGCCCCAAGAGACCCGAGGGGCAGUCAGCCAUCUCGUAUGACUACUCUGAAGAAGAGCUCAUGGCGAGCAUUGAGCGGGAGUACUGCCGCUGAGCCAGAUGAGCGGCCCUGGACACCACUGACCCUGCCUUGCAGGUCUGUGACCUGGGCUAGAGUCAAGGGCACCAGCUUGUCCUACCUGUGACCUAGCCGGAGGGGAACCACUUCUAAAUACAACUAUCUUUCCAAACUGAUGUUUUAAGAUUCACAGUUGUAAAAAAAGAAAAAAAAAAAAGAAAAAAAAAAAAGAUUCACAGUUGUAGUCCUGCCGAUAGCCUGGCAGACCGAGAGUGAGGGCAAGUAGGUACCAGGCCACAGGUGUGUGCGUACCUCCUCUUACUCUGACGGGUAGCCUGGCUGUGUGGUUCCCCUGAAUUCUGAACUGUUUGUUUGCCCUACUUACUCCCUUUCCAGGUGGGGAAGGGUCAACGCCUCUUGGCAUCUGUGCCAUAGGCUUCUAUAAGUUUCCACCAAAGUAUGUUCUCAGCCUUCACACUAAGAUUUCUCCAGAGGGAUGCAGUUACCCCUAGAUAUGUCACUUUCCAUGGGCAUACAAAGGGCCCAAGUGCACGGAUGGCAGGCAGAUCCAGAACGUGUAGGUCUAGGCAGGUCCGGAGAUUGCAUUUCUGACAGCACAGAGGUAUUGGCCAGCUGCAGGUGCAAGGACUCAGGGCCUGAGUGAAUCUCUUGGCUUCUCCCUUCCGUGUGCUGGAGGCUCCUUCAAGCUACAGUGUAACAGCUUCUCCUGCUUGGAUGUAGUAGGAAGAGAGAGGGCUGGGAACCAGACUGCUUUGGCAUCCCAGGAUUACAUUAGCUUGCUAUCAUUUCCCUCUCUGGGCCUCUCAGUUUCUCUCUUGGGGAGAAUCCUAGAGGUUCUCUGAGGUCUUUCAAGCCCGAUCAGUUUGGCAGCUCUAUCUUCCAGCCCUGCCAUCUUCCAGGGCCCGUUGUGUUUUAUCCAUCAUCCUGCUGAGCAAAGAGCUGCGUUGGAGCUGAGAGAGGGGAUGCACGUAGGUCUUCAUGGCAGCUGCUCUCCAGUUUCCCUUCUGGCUGGCAGUCUGGCUAACACCAUGAGCCUCUUCUCCUUCUUCCUGCUUGGGUGGAAAGUAGUCACAGUAAUGAUGCCAAAGGGGACCUCAAACAUUCCCAGUCGACAGAUGGGAAAACAGAGGGAGCCUGUGGGAAGGAAGGGUUUGUGCGGUCCUGUAGAGCCUUGCUUGGUCCUGCUCGGUUGUGAAAGCACCUGACCAGCUGGUAGGAAGGGUCUGUAGAUCUGUGAGUGGAGGGACAAGCCCACAUCUCUGCAGUCAUCAGGGUAGAGUGUUAUUGAGACCUUAAGGCUGGAUAGUGAGUUCAAAUCCAGCCUGGACUAUGUUGUGAGAGUCUGUCAGAAAAGGAGGUAGAGAACUGGGAAACAAUGGCAACUUUUGCUAAGGUCAAAGCAGGUCUUGGCUUAUGUUGCAUCCCUGGACCAAGGCAGUGCCUUCACCAGCAUCUUCCCUCUCCUGAGAACAGCUGCUAGCCCAGGAAUCCUCAGAACACAACCUAUAGUAUCUCAGGAACCAAGGAAGAAUGGUCACUGAGACUGUCCCCACACCCACAGUCCUUUGCUGUCACCUGCAAAUGAUUCCAUGAACUCAUGACUUGACAAGAAUGCCUUUGAGUACUCAACUGGGAGAUGUGUGGUACAGUCGGAGCCCAGAGCCAUGGAGUGCCUACCAGUCGGCUGAGGGUUGGGUCAAAACCUCCCAGAGCUAGCAACUGUAUCUUACUGGAGCCCAAAGGACUGCUUUUGCUAUGAAAAUGAAAGCUGUUUCUAUUUUAAUAACACAAAUAUUAAAAAUACUUAUUUUAAAAGAG